AUACUUUUUAAUAAUAUAGACGGCGUUUCCUAUUCCGAAAUCGGGUUUCCGGCGGUGUUUGUUGGCUUGGUCGCAUAUUUGUUAUUGCGUUAUUUGGAAAUGGGUGCGUACCGCUUCCACGUAAUUUUCGAGCUUUUUGGUAAUUAUUUAAAUUUCGGUUUUUGUAAAUCGUUUACGGGUAGGUAA